AUGGACACAGUGCCCGUCUACCACGGGGCCAUCACCCGAGAGGCUGGGGAGAAGCUGCUGCUGGCGGCGGGCACGGACGGCAGCUACCUGCUGCGGGACAGCGAGAGCAUCCCGGGGGUCUACUGCCUCUGCGUGCUGCAUCAGGGUUAUGUUUAUACCUACAGAGUGUCCCAGACAGAAGCUGGAUCCUGGAGUGCUGAGACAGCGCCUGGGGUCCCCCGGAGGCUCUUUCGGAAAGUGCACAACCUCAUUUCAGCCUUCCAGAAACCCAACCAAGGCAUUGUAACACCCCUGCAGAACCCAGUUGUCAACCACAUGAAAGCCAACUACUCCCCAGGGAGGAAUGAAGGCUAUGACUUCCACCUGCAGCCAUCAUGA